UCCACUCAAUGUAGCGGAUCGUGUUCCCCUGAAUACUCGCCUCUUCUUCUCCAUCCCUCGCGCUUUCUCACUCUUUCUCUUUCGAUCUCGAUCUCGAUCCAUUGCGAUGGCGGGGAUAAGGUGGCCACCGGAGGAUUCCGAUCUGUUUCCGGCGAGGCCGGCGGGGGCGACGGUGACGGAGCUGAUCUCCGAUGAUGAUAGGUCAGUGGCGGCUGAUUCGUGGUCAAUCAAGAGCGAUUAUGGCAGCACUCUCGACGAUGAGCAGCGCCAUGUCGAUGCCGCGGAGGUUCUUUCAGCUUCCAAUUUCCCUGCGGCGUCUGAUUACAGUUCUGACAAGGAGGAGCCUGAUGCGAAUGAAGUUGAGCCAUCAAUGUUGGGCUUGCAAAGCUAUUGGGAUGCAACUUAUGCUGAAGAUCUUGUAAAUUUUCAUGAGCAUGGUCAUGCUGGUGAAAUUUGGUUUGGUGCUGAAGUUAUGGAUGUGGUUGUGUCUUGGACCAAAAACUUGUGUGCAAACAUGUCCAGUGCUAAGGAUGCAGCAGAAGGCAGCAGUUCCAAUUCUGAAUCAGGAGAAACUGUUGGAGACUUGUCCACCUGGAGUGUGCUUGAUGUUGGAACUGGAAAUGGCUUGCUCUUGCAAGAGCUUGCAAAGCAAGGGUUUUCCGAUCUGACUGGAAUUGAUUAUAGUGAAGCAGGAAUUGAGCUUGCACAUAACCUUGCUGUUCGUGAUGGAUUUUCUGGUAUUAAUUUUGUGGCUGCUGACGUUCUUGAUGCCAAAUUGGACAGAAAAUACCAGCUUGUUAUGGACAAAGGGACUUUGGAUGCUAUUGGGCUGCAUCCAGAUGGUCCUGUUAAGAGAAUGAUGUAUUGGGAGUCUGUAGCAAACAUGGUUGCCUCUGGUGGAUUGCUGGUCAUCACAUCAUGUAACAGUACAAAAGAUGAGCUAUUGCAAGAGGUCGAUAAUUUUAACAAGAGAUUCGGAAUACAAGACCAGGUUCAAGAGGGAGGAACCGGGCCUGCUGAUGUAUUCCGAUAUGUGGAUCAUGUUCGCACCUUCCCUACCAUCAUCUUCGGCGGAGUGGAAGGGUCUCGUGUGUCCACUGUCGCAUUUGUUCGUAACUGAAAUUACAGUAGUUUUCAUAGGUUUAAGUUGAGUGCAUGGCUACUAUUCUAAAUGAAUAUUCACUCUUGUUGCUAUGCCCUUUCUAACUGGCCUGAAGAGGGAGGUGUUCAGUGUUCAAUCUAGUGCUUUGUUUUAUUUGAAACUUUUUGUGUGGGAAGGGGUUUUGUCAAUCCAGAGCAAAAGUUGCUGUUCAUUUCUUUGUUUCUUGAAGAACAUUUUGGUGUUAUCAUGAUGCAGCAAUCUUGUUGA